AUGGACUACCUUAAAGCUGAACGAGAACGAGGCAUUACAAUCAACAGCGCAGCUAUCACGUUUGGAUGGAAAGGCAACCGCAUCAAUUUGAUCGAUACACCUGGUCACGUCGAUUUUACGAUGGAGGUCGAACGUGCUGUUCGUGUACUUGAUGGUGCGGUCACCAUCCUAGACGGUGUGGCAGGUGUAGAAGCACAAACUGAGACAGUGUGGCGGCAAUCGGAACACUACGAAAUCCCGCGCAUUGCAUUUGUUAACAAGAUGGAUCGGAUCGGUGCAGCGUAUGGACGAACGAUUCAAGAAAUUUGGAAAAAACUGCGAGCACGCCCACUCGCUCUUCAGCUACCCGUCAUGGAUCCCAGUGGAAAAGGAAUUGUUGGUGUUGCGGAUAUGGUGACGAUGGAAUCGAUCCAAUGGGAUAAUGCGGAUGGGGCUACUAUGGAACGUACACCACUUAAGGAAGAAACUAAUAGCGCUUUAUAUCAAGAAGCUACACGUGGCCGCAUGGCGCUUGUUGAAUCACUUGCCGAGUUGGAUGACGGUAUCGUCGAAGUGUUCUUUGAGGAGGCUGAUGGUGACCAUAUGCGCGUCUCGGCAGAGGCCCUCAAGGAAUCCCUGCGCCGUGUUACAUUAGCAAACAAAGCAGUGCCUGUAUUAUGUGGCUCUGCGUUUAAGAAUCUCGGUGUACAGCCUGUUUUGGACGCAAUCUUGGAUUACUUGCCAAGUCCCGCUGAUCGACCUGCCGCUUUGGCAACCAUUGAUGGCAGCAAGCAUGCACUGAUCCCUUUGGAAGAAAACGGCAAGUUGUGUGCCCUGGCAUUCAAAGUGACACACGAUAGUCGUGCAGGUCCAUUGGUGUACGUCAAGGUCUAUUCGGGUAGUAAACUCAACAAACGCAUGACCCUGUAUAACACAACUAUGGAUUGUAAAGAACGUGUCAACAAGCUUUUGCAAAUGUAUGCCCGUGAAGCCGAAGAUAUUCCAUCGAUCACUGCUGGAAAUAUUGGUGUUGUUGUUGGUCUCAAGAAUACCCGCACCGGCGACACCCUCGUCCAAUCCAACGAUACCAGCUCGAUCAAAUCCAAUUUGCAGCUCGGCAACAUUGAUAUCCCUAGUCCAGCCUUUUUCUCUGCAAUUGAACCAGCAUCUGUAUCCGAAGAAAAGGCAGUUGAUGAAGCGCUAAAAAACCUGACACGGGAGGACCCUUCCCUCAAAGUCUGGACUGACGAAGACAGCGGACAAACCUUGAUCAGUGGUAUGGGUGAAUUGCAUUUAGAAAUCGUCAAGGACCGUCUUAUCAACGAUUUCAAGUGCAAGGUCGAAGUGGGUAAGAUGCGUAUCAGCUACAGAGAAACAUGUCAAUCUGAGGCUGCAGUAUCUGCCAGCUAUGACCGUGAAGUGAUGGGUAAACGAUCCAAGGCCAAGUGUAAAGUGGAGCUGGUACCAGUCGAUGAGGAUUAUCAGGAUGACGGAACAAGCCUAGUGGACUCGGGUAAUUACUUGCAAAUGGACCUUGGACAGUUGGCCGGAAGCAAGGAUCAGCAGCAAGCACCAUCAUCGUCAACUUCAAGCGAUUCUUCACAAUUGAGCAAAGAAGAUGUACGGCGAGCAAUCCACACAGGUUUACUUUCUGGCCUUGCACGCGGUGCUAUCCUUGGUUUCCCGUUAACCAAACUCAAGGUCAAGGUGCAUGAUUUGGAAAUGUUCGGUCAGGAUACAUCUACUGGAAGCAUUUCUGCUUGCGUAGCCAACGGCAUCCAAGAAGCUAUUAAACAAGCAAGCCCAUGUAUGCUAGAACCUAUGAUGGAAGUCCACACAGAGGUGAACGAAAGCGAUAUCGGCAGCGUCGUCAGUGAUUUGAGCGGUACUCGUCGUGGUCACGUCAUAGGACUUGAGUCGUCAGUGGGAGAUGAUGCAAACGAGAGCUAUCAACAAGAUGCUCAAGUGUAUGCCCCUCCAGAUUCGUUGCUGGCCAACAAUGAGGUGGGCGAAUACAAGUCAAAGCAAGUAGUGAAGGCACACGUACCGUUGAGCUCGAUGCUUGGGUACUCUAAUGCUUUACGCAGUUUGACCGGAGGAAGUGGCAGUUUUUCGAUGCGCGUUAUUGGUUAUGGCCAAAUGAGCAAAGAUAGAGAGCGUGCAGUCGUUGAUGACAUGCGCGGAUAUUAA